GGAUCCACAUCCUGUCAGCUGGUGCCAAUGACUCUCAGGUAUGUGGCACCAGGAGUUUGUGUUCACAGGAUCGAACCUGAUAAAGACUCAGACUCUUCAUUAUCGUGACUCAGUUUAACUUACGAAACACAAAGUUUUAUUUUAAUGUGGUAACUCGAGACAUAGACGUGUCUCGGCACCGGCUGAAUUUUCCUCAGCUUUAAUUAAGUCUAAUCAGGAUCAGGCCUGUGAGUGAACCUGCGUCUCCUCAGAGCUUCUGCUGCACUGACGGAAUCAAACACAUCCAGACAUGACCCUUCAUCUGAAAACCAGCGCUCGGCUCUUUGACCUGCACGGCACCGUGGGCCUCACGGACUGGGACCUGGACAAGGAGCUGAAACUGGCGACCAUCUCCGACCAGUUUUACCAAGAUGAGAAACUGGCUGAUCAGUUCGUGGUGCAGAGGCCGUCUGUCAGAGCCUCGAGGAGGAAAGAUGAAUUCGUUUUUUACGAUAAAACAUCAGGUGAGAGAGGAAGAAAACUAAAAUUCUCACAAAACCAAGACACUUUUGUGAAGCCGAGUCCGUGGCUGCUGGUGAAUCCGAACAUCGUCUGUCCGAUCCCGUUUGGACCAAGUGCUGCAGAUCAUCAGAUUUCCUGUGAACCUGCGGAGGAAAUCCAAACGUCUCUGCUGAAUCCUGCAGACAAACAACCUGCAGCCGGAGCGGAGCUCCACAUGUUUGCCCACCAGGAGGAAGUGCUGCACCCUGGUUCCACUGAGUUCAUGAUCAAGGAUGAAGACGUCUCCUGUCGACCGGCCAAGAACAGACGCAAGGGGAGGACCACCAAAGUCAGGGACAGUAAGAACCUGACUCCAGAACGCUGGCCUCGUCCGCCGGUGAAUUACUGCAUCCUCAUCGCUCUGGCGCUCAACAGCAGCCACAGCGGGAGCCUGAAGGUCCAGCAGAUUUACAACUUCAUCAGAGAGCACUUCCCCUUCUUUCAGACGGCUCCAGACGGCUGGAAAAACACCAUCCGACACAACCUGUGCUUCAGCAACAGCUUCCGCAAAACCUGCAACCAGCUGCGCAGAGACGAGAAGAGGAAGUCGUGCUUUUGGCACCUGACCCUGGACGGACAACGCCGGCUGAAUGACGAGAUCCGAACGCUGACGGUGGAAUCGUUCAAGCAGCUGGAGAGGAGCAUGUCGCACCCAGAUAUAAUUCAGAGUUUACUCUAAAAGCAUCAAUUAAAUGCAUAAUAAAGCCAAACAUGCA